CACUUUCCCUCCUCUUUAUCUCCGCAUGUCUUUUAUGUGGCCUUGUUGGUCGGGAGAGACAAUGGAGAAGAAGAUAAGGAAAGAGGCGGACCCUGUUCCGUGUACGUCCGUAACUCAGCGGACGUUAUCUUCAAAACUCUAUAUUUCUACAGGAAAAGGAAACCACAGAAAUCCCCAUACGACUUUGUAAAUGAAACAAGCAUUCAGAGGUCGGGAACAAAAAGGCCUCUUGUGUUUAAAGACAAUCUAAUGGAAACGACUGGCUCUAAGAAGUCGGGGUGAUUUGUGCGAUAAAAGACCUAUUUCUUGGUGUUCGCACUAGCGUAUUACAGAAAGGUGUAUAGUACGUUAAUUCAACCGCUGCAUAUACCAACUAUUCCAGGAAUACUCUGUAUCAUCGUUUCUACAUUAUACUCAUAUCGUCAGUUUUUAAUUUGCCCCGUUGUCAUAUAGAUCCGGUACUACUUACACAGAGAAAUAUCCAAACUGUAGAAAGGAAAGAAGGAAGAACCUCCAAUUAUUUCAUCGAGGCAAGUCAUAAAAGAUGAAUGAGUUGCCCAAAAAACAUGAAGGUGAAGGUCCACACGACCGGAAGGCAGAUAUAAUUUCCCGGAGAACCUCAUGGCGAGAAAAAACACGCAGAAUGAUAUUUCGAAUGGAAAUGACCACCUUCAGCGUGGUAAUUCUCGGUGUGGCUUACAUGUUCAUCGGUACAUCCUUUCAAACACAAGGGAACAUGCAGCAACUAGUGAUCAAGAGCAUCCAGGAGGAAGAUCCGGGCUUCAGGGGCUCCGGCUACAUCUCCCUGGCCGUCAUCUACGCCGUCUUCGCCACCUUCAACUGGCUGGCCCCGUCUUGCCUCAGCUUCCUGGGGCCCAAGCUCACCAUGAUCGUCGGGGGCGUCACCUACGUAAUAUUCAUCGCAUGUUUCCUUUGGCCUCAGACGUGGCUCCUAUACCUGACCUCGGUGCUUGUAGGCAUCGGGGCAGCCCUCCUCUGGACGGGUGAGGGCAACUACCUCGCUCUCAUGUCCGACCAAGACACCAUCGCGCGGAACUCUGGCAUCUUCUGGGCUCUGUUUCAAAGCAGCCUCCUCUUCGGAAACAUCUUCGUGUACUACAUGUUCAUGGGAAAGGACACCAUCGACAGCGGGACGCGCCUCGUGGUGUUCGCGGCGCUGACGGGGGUGGCGCUGAUCGGCCUGGGGAUCCUGCUGGCGCUGCCCAAGCCCGGCGCCGGCGGGAGCGGCCGCCAGGACGACAUGGGAGGGCCGCUCAACGUCCUCAAGAAAUCCUUCGAGCUCUUCAAGACGCGAGACAUGCUCCUGCUGUCGGUGACUUUCUUCUACACGGGUCUAGCCCUGUCCUUCUUGAGCGGCGUCUACAGCACCUGCGUUGGCUCCACACUAAGGUUCAGCGAUCCCGCCCGCCUCGUUGGCUUAUCUGGCAUGUGUCUCGGCAUCGGAGAAAUAUUAGGUGGUGCAAUUUUUGGCAUAUUUGCUGGCAAGACAGUUACAAAAGGAAGGGAUCCUAUUGUGCUCAUAGGAUUCCUAACACACCUGCUUGCCUUUUGCCUCAUCUUCCUAAAUCUUCCUACCAUGUGUCCUCUCGAUCGCACUUUUGACCCUAGUUUAUUCCCAGAAGGCCAGCCAAGCGAGUUUGUCGCCCUGUUCUGCAGCACUAUGCUGGGCUUCGGUGACGCCUGCUUCAACACACAGAUUUACUCCAUCCUCGGCUCCAUCUACCCGGACAACUCGGGCCCUGCUUUCGCUCUGUACAAGUUCACGCAGUCGCUAUCUACCGCUGCCUGCUUCUUCUAUUCAAGUGUGUUGGAACUAUACUCCCAACUUGAUAUCCUUACAACGUUCUGUAUGGCGGGCACCAUAACCUUCUGUAUAGUAGAGUGGAAAGUCCAACUCACUGCACCAUCAUCUCAACAAGGCUUGAAAAUAUAAAUAAAAAAUGCAUAACAAGGAACUGCGUGAUGUAUUUUGACAUGUUAGAGAACUGUGUAUCUUUCCAACAAUUAGACGUCACAAAUAUUUGA